AUGAUCUGUCCAUCACCAGCCGGAGAUUUCCACCUGCCAGGUACAUAUAUAAACCACGCAAGGCAACGCCCACAGCUUUCCCUCCGCCCUCUUGCAGCGCAAGUCCACGUUAACUUACGAACUCUCGCUGGUCGAAGUUCCCUGCUUUUCCAUCUUUCAUCGACUUACGACUUUUUGAAUCCUAACGACCCUAAACCCCAACUUGAAAAAAUGUCGAGAGUCUACGAAUCCCAGCCCUCCGCGAGCCACGGGAUGGUCGUCGCCCCGGGCGGCGGGGGCAACCGCAACGCGAAGAACAUGCCCGUCGACGCUGACGGCAGAGACUGGAGCAACGGCGUGUGUGGGUGCUGUGGGGCGUUUGGGACAUGCCUCCUGGCAACCUGCCUCCCGUGCGUCGUGUACGGCAAGAACAAGCACCGGUACGAGCAUCUGCAGACGCAGGGCGUGCCCCACCCCGACCACGGCGGCUCGUGCUGCUCCGGCUCGUGUAUGACCCAUGGCAUCUUCGCCUUGUGCGGGCUUGGGGUCAUCUUCCAGAUGAUGAACCGCGGCAACAUCCGCUCGCGCUACAACAUCAAAGGCGGCGGGUGCGGCGACUGCUGCACGUCGCUCUUCUGCGGGUCCUGCGCGCUCACGCAGGAGUCACGCGAGCUCGAGCUGGAGGAGGAGAGCUUUGGCGAGCAGCGGUACUAA